UCCACCACAAGUCAGUGGCGCAUCGUCGCCAAUCACAUAUGGUAUAUUUUGAAACUGUUAGUUGCAGUAGGUGAAAAUUGUAACAAAUGGCGUUGGACUUACGAGAGGGCCUUCUUCUAGGCAUGGGUAAUCCCCUUCUUGAUAUUUCAGCGACUGUAGAUAGCGAAUUUUUAAAAAAAUACGACUUAAAUUCCAACGAUGCUAUCCUUGCUCAAGAAAAGCACAAGCCCAUGUAUGAUGAAUUAAUAGAACUAUAUAACGCAGACUUUAUCGCUGGAGGUUCUGUGCAAAAUACUAUGAGAGUAGCACAAUGGUUCCUGGAAAGACCAAGAAUUGCAACUUACAUGGGUUGUGUUGGAAGAGACAAAUAUUCAAAAAUUUUAGAGGAUAAAGCACGGGCGGAUGGUUUAAAUGUUCGUUAUCAAUAUACCAACAAGGAACCUACCGGUACCUGUGCAGUUCUUAUUACUGGAAAUGAACGUUCCUUAUGCGCUAACUUGGCUGCUGCUAAUUGCUUCUCGCUUUCGCACAUAGAAGAACCUGAAAACAAAAUGCUUAUAGAAAUGGCUGAAUAUAUUUAUGUCUCUGGCUUUUUCUUAACUGUAAGUCCAGAAACGAUACAAGAAGUCGCUCAGCAUGCCUUGAAGAAAAAUAAAAUGUUUAUGAUGAAUCUUAGCGCGCCAUUUUUGUGCGAGUAUUACAAAAAGCCUAUGUUAGCGGUUCUCCCUUACGUGGAUAUCCUAUUCGGUAACGAAAUAGAAGUUGAUACAUUCGCGAAAGUGAAUAACUUUGAAACUACAGACAGGAAAGAAAUUGCGUUAAAAUUAUCAGAAAUGGAGAAAGCGAAUAGCAAAAGGCAGAGAAUUGUUGUGGUAACACAAGGUGCUGACCAAAUAUUAGUAGUAAAAGAUAAUAUUGUAACAGAAUAUCCUGCUGUUAAACUCCCGGAAGAAAAAGUUAUCGAUACUAAUGGUGCAGGUGAUGCUUUCGUGGGAGGUUUUUUGGCCCAACUGGUACAAGGUAGAGACAUAGAAGUUUGUAUAAAAUGCGGUAUUUGGGCUGCAACUCAAAUUGUACAAAGAUCUGGAUGUACUUACGAAGGGAAACCUAGUUUCACUCUUUGAUGAUGCUUAAGUCAGUUAGCAAUUGUAAAUUCUGUACUUAAUAAAUACUUUAACAGUU